GGAUACUGUCUGCAGGCAGGAAGUGAAGCUGUGAGCAGGAAGAUAGUGUAGGAUUCAGAGAUGAAUUCCCUGGAACAGGCGGAAGUGUAGAAGAGAAAACACAGGGGUCUGUGGGACAGGAUUUCCAAAUCAGGACUUUCCUGCCUCAUCUAAUAUGGCUGAUUUAAAAGCCUUUGAAAGAAGACUUACAGAAUAUGUUUCUUGUUUGCAGCCAGCUACAGGACGCUGGAGAAUGAUUCUCAUAGUGGUCUCUGUGUGCACUGCAACAGGAGCAUGGAACUGGUUAAUAGAUCCAGAGACACAAAAGGUCUCAUUUUUCACAUCUCUCUGGAACCAUCCUUUCUUUACAAUCAGCUGUAUAACUUUGAUAGCUUUAUUCUUUGCUGGAAUUCACAAAAGAGUGGUGGCUCCAUCGAUAAUAGCGGCCCGAUGUCGAACGGUGUUGGCAGAAUACAAUAUGUCCUGCGAUGAUACGGGAAAGUUAAUUCUGAAACCAAGGCCGCAUGUCCAAUGAUAUUCCAUUGAAUGCCAUCAGUGAAGAUCAAAAUUGGGGCAGCAGACUUUCAUUUGGAAAUCCAUGGCUGUCUAUCUUUUCUAGCAAGUCUUUUCCAGACUGACGCUGAUGGUGUUCAUUAUUUCUUCGGACACAUAGGACAUUUUCUGAAAACCUACAUUCAGUGUGAACAUUGGACAUUUUUUCACUUGUGGGCAAGCUUUUAACUGGACUCAUGUCAGUCACAAUUGACUAAUAAACUGUUAUUUUGGAAGUCACAGGGUUUUAAACAUAAACCAUUUCAGUCAAUAUACAUAUUUAUUUUUUUCUUUGAGCUUACAAACGUUUUACAGUAAGAAGUGCAAGCAAUAAAAGACAUCAUAGCAAUUAAGGCAUUAACAACCGUCUCACACCGUAUUCAACCAGGGGGAGCAUUCCCUUAGCAUUAGUGUUAUUCAGACCAUUACAAACUGCGUGGGCAGCGGCAGAGUCACGUUCCUCGGGUGGCCUAUGUUUCCUGCAUGUUACCUCUCCCUUUCCCGUGGUGGAAUUUGCGAAUAAAAGACCGUUCAGGACAUCAGUGAUGUGUAGCGUGUAAGAUUUGAGAGUAGGCUGAUGUGAGUAGUAAGUAUGCAAAAAGGUAGAGUACAUAGAGUAGUGAAAUUAUGGGUCCAUCACCCUGCCUACACCCAAUGGCACUUCUCCGUCUCUUUGAACUAAGUAGUCUAGCCAGGACAACCAUCGUUCCGUGUUUCAGUCGUAUACUUCAACAGGAACAUAACUCAACCAUAUCAUCCUCCUUUGAUAAUUUAUAUUACAUUUUGUUUUUGUUUUUUGUUAUAUUCUCCCCCUCCCCUCUACAUGGUAGAAGAAUAGAACUCAUUACAAGGUCAUUUACUAAAGUGAGAAUUCAAAUAGAAUUUCAAAUUUAAGACCCAAAGAGCCAAACUGGAGACAUUCUCUAAACCGCUACGGAUAUUUUAGCUUUAACUUUGAAACUCACUUUGAAUUCUUAUUUUACUAAAUAGCCCUGUUAGUGUUUGUAAUGAUAUGUACGAUUUAAGAAAUCAUUACAUGCCAAACCACACAGUGACUUCUGCCUAAAAUAUCAAAACCAUGUCAGAAAUAUAGUUAGUUUUAGAAGUUAAAAUAUAACCGUAUACUUGUUUUCUUUAGAUUUGUAUUUAGGGUGCUAUACUUUUACAGAUCUAUUUUUGUAUUUAAUUGUUUGUUUUGUUUUCUUUUCUUUUCAGUAUAUCCAAACAUUACUUGCUGCAUUACCUUUGAUUUCCAGUGUCACUUCUUGUUCAUUUAGGGAAAGCAGUGAUCCCAACUCACCCUUUCCCAUUUCAGUGAUAUCCAGUGACAUGAUUUUAUAGUUUCCACAAUUCUAAUAAAAAGAGAUCUGGCUCGCAA